AUGGGUGGGCUCGGGAAGACCACUCUUGCUCAACUAGUCUAUUGCGACGAAAGAGUGCGAGAACACUUCGACCCAAUUAUGUGGGUUUGCAUUUCUCAGGAUUUCGAUGUAACUGUGAUAACAAGAAAGAUUUUAGAAUGUGUAAGUAGUGAGAAUUUUGGCGACAAGAGUCUACAUGCACUCCAUGAGAAUCUUAAACAAAAACUAACGUCAAAGAGGUUUUUGCUCAUACUGGAUGAUGUUUGGAACGAUGAUAAAAUGACGGAGUGGGAGAAAUUGGUUGCUCCUUUGAAAUUCGGACAAAGAGGAAGCAAGAUCCUGUUGACAACUCGAAUGGGUUCAGUUGCAGAUAUGGCGGCAAAAAUGAUGAAAUGCAAACGAGAAUCAUUAAAUCUAAAUGAGUUGGAGGAGAGCGAUUAUAUGUCGCUUUUCAAUAAGCAUGCAUUCCUUGAUGUGAACCCUGAUGAUUAUAAAAACUUGCAGCCGAUUGGUAAGCAGAUAGCGAAGAAGCUUGGAGGAUGCCCAUUGGCAAUAAAGGUCAUGGGAGGAAUGUUGAACUCUUGCAUGGACUAUAAAUAUUGGAAGAAAAUCUUGGAAGAAGACAUCAUGAAAUUACAACCAGGAAAGAGCAACAUCAUGACAAUUUUGAGAUUAAGCUACGAUCACUUAUCCACAAACUUACAACUCUGCUUUAGAUAUUGUAGUUUAUUUCCACAAGAUUAUAUGUUUAAAAAGAGAAUAUUGGUCGAUAUGUGGAUAGGUUCAGGUCUGAUUCCGCAGUCUAUUUGUGGAGAACAGAGGCCGGAGGACAUUGGAAAUGAGUAUUUAGAUCUUCUGACAAGAAAAUCAUUCUUUACUUGCAAAACCAGUGAAGAUUGGUUGAAAAUUUAUAAACACUAUUUUAUGCACGAUCUACUGCAUGACCUUGCAAAUUCUAUUUCUCUAGGGGAAUGCAUCAGAGGAGGAGGUGAUACUAUUCCACAAACAGUUCGACAUUUAUCUGUUGAAAUGGUCAAUCUUCUUUCCAUCAGAGAGAUCUCCAAUCUUAAGAAUGUGCGCACUCUAGUCAUUUCUGUUAAAGAGGAUAAUAAGCAUAAUGCAAAUCAUGCACUUGAAUUUAUUGAAGUUGUAAAAGGGUUUAAAAAGUUACGCUUAUUGAUCUUAGAUGUGAAUUUUGACUCUUAUAAACUGCCCAAUGCACGUAGUAGCUUGAUACACCUUCGCUACCUAUCUCUUUCACUAGGGAAAGUUGUGAAUGAAAGUAUUAAAUAUGAUGGCUUGACAAACUUGGUCAAUCUGCGUUCAUUAGAUGUUCCUAAUCAUGUGAUAAAAAAUAUUCCUUAUAUUAGCAAACUAACCUUCAUCCACAAAUUACAAAAUUUUAUUGUCCGAGAGGAGAGUGGUUACAAAAUCGGUGAACUAAAGAACUUAAGAGACCUUCAUAGUCUAUGUAUUAGAGAACUUGAAAAUGUGAGCACUUCUGAAGAAGCUACGGAGGCCAAGUUGAACGAGAAAGAAUAUCUCAAAUCAUUGACAUUAGAAUGGUCUAAAGGCCACUCCAAUAGAGCAGAGACGGAUGAGCAGCUCCUUAAUAACCUCUACCCGCAUAUCAAUCUCAAGAGAUUGUGUAUUGCAGAAUACCAAGGUGUUAAAUCUCCAUGUUGGAUGAUAGAUCUGUCUCUCAUCAAUUUGACAACCAUCGAACUGAUUGAUUGUAAAGGAUGGGAGCACCUUCCACCUCUUGGGCAGUUUUCUUCGCUCCGAUAUCUUUUCUUGUCGGGACUACAUACAAUAAAGCAAAUAGAUUGUUCAUUCUUCGAAAGCAGCAGUGGAUAUGCCUUUCCAUCUUUGAAGGAGUUAUUCUUUGUGGACAUGCCUAACUUGGAGGAGUGGAUUGGAGUAAAUGAUGGGUGCAUGUUUCCUCAACUUCAUUCUAUGAGUAUUACUGACUGCCCUACUUUGAGGGAAAUUCCUACUCUGCUUUAUGGUCUAAGAGACUUGCAUAUUUCUAAUGUCGGAUUGACCGCUCUUCCAACAAUAAAUCAGGAUUACGCAAACAACAAUCAGCAAGAACAUUCUAAGCCUCUUGGAAGCUUAACCAUCAAACGAUGUGAGAAGCUCGAAUAUUUUCCAACAGAGUUUUUUGGAAAAUUGAACUCCCUACAUUUCGCACGUAUAGAGAAUUGCCCGAAGUUGACAAAACGUGGGAUCUCAGACAUCGAAGUGCCCUCUAUACUCAGUUCGCUCACUAUUGGAUCAUGUGGCGACCUUGAGGUGCCACUGCUGUGGUCAGCGAAUUUAACCUCUCUUACAUGGUUGGAAUUACUCGAUUGUGCAAGGAUAGCAUCCCUUCCCCCAGCACAAGUGUGUGCACGGUGGACGAUGCUUUCCCAUUUAACAAUAAAGAACUGCAAAGAGCUGUCAUCAUUUGGUGGAAUACAAGCUCUCAUAUCCCUUCGUUCUUUAGAAAUUGAAGGGUGUGAUAAGCUAAUUGAAGUUGCCUGGCUGCAGCCUCCUUUCCCAAACGAUGUCUGUCACGCCCCCGGAGCCGAUACCAAUUUGGGCCGGCCCGAGCACGUCGAACAGACGCCGAACGGACAGAGUUUCCCCUAUCCGCCCAAGGCUCAUCACGUGUACAAUUUCAAGAGAAUUGAAAUGCACUAGCGGAAACAUGCACAAACGGCUUACACGAAGGUACUCACCAGCUAGGACCGUCCUUACGGGUCUACUCCAAC